AGAUCGCCGCUAACAGCAAGGGAGAGAUUGAGGGUGGCCAAGGUUCUCAGUCGUUACACAGACUCAAAGCCAUUGAAAAAAUCAGCUAGGGGCAAGAAUGUAUUAGAUGCUCUCAGAGACAGCGAGCGUGGGAAGAAAAGGUCCGGACUUCCAGAGGCCCCUACAAACAUUUUUGACGACAGCAAGCGAGGAAUGCCUAAGCAGGGCCUAACUUGGGAUUUUCCAGGGGGCAAUGAUCUGUUUCUAAUUCUCUUUUCAUUUGUAUUUAUCAGCACGGUGAUGUUCGCUACAACGUUCGUAGUUUGGAAACUUGGUGCCAUCCAUUUCAAUGAAAAUUGAGACGGACUGCGGUUGGCAUCCCGGAGUUUUGCACCAGCCACCUUGAUGCUUCUGUGUACUGAAGUUCUCGUCUUCCACAGGACUAGGGUUUGAAACCAUUGUAGGCAAGAUAUACAUAUCAAUGUAAAAAGAUUUGCAGGGUUAAUAUUUGUAUCAUCAGUAUUCAACAUCUACUGCAAGUAUACUUUUGUAGCUUCAUUGGAGAGAAACAUAUGGUAAAGCUAUUCAGUUCCUUUGAACUUC